CUCAAAGGGGUGGCUAAUCAAAACUAGAACUAAUAAGCUAUGUAAUGACAGGAAAACAAGCCCCACAAGCCAAAAGAUGAGCAGCCAGCGGGGCAAUGUGAGCCGCACACGUGCGCAGAAGCACAAGAAUCGGCAUGUCUUUAAGAACGAUCUGCACGACAAGACGCCGCAGCAGCUGCGCCUGAAUGCGAUGCACGUGUCGACGGUGUGCCAGCGGUGCAAGGAGCAGAUCGAGUGGAAGAUCAAGUACAAGAAGUACAAGCCGCUGACGCAGGCCAAGACCUGUGCCCACUGCAAGGAGCGGACGGUGAAGAAGGCCUACCAUGUCGUCUGUCGCGACUGCGCCAUCAAGGCGCACGCCUGCGCCAAGUGCCUGCGCAGCGCCAGCGAGGUGGCCAUCGAGGAGCCCCAGCCGACGCCGCGCGAGGAGCAGCAGCUGCAGUCGGAGAUGGAUCGCCUGGUCAAGUCCUUCUCGGAGCGCAAGCGGCGCGCCUUUCUGCGCUACAUGAAGCGAGGCAAGAAGCAGCCGAAGGGCGAGGAUGAGGAGCAGCAGGAUGAGGAGCUGGACGAGCAGCAGCUGGCCAGCCGGGAGAAGGCCAAGCGGGUGGCCCACACGCGCGACGAGCUGCUGGACAAGAUCAAGCAGCUGAAUCUGGCCGCAGAGGAGGAGGAUGAGGACGAAGAUGACUCGGAAUUCGAUUCGGAGGAGGACGAGGAUGACUCCGAGUUCGACUCCGAGGAGGAGGAGGAUGAGGCGGAGGACGGCAGCGAGGAAGAGCCACAGAAAGCAGUACCCAAAACCCCCACCAAACCGAAAUAA